GGUAGUGCGGCGUACGAUACGUGCAGAAAGACUCACAGCACAGGACAGAUACGCAUAGGAGAUACCGAAAUGCACACAAAAUGCUGCGUCCACGAGCUGUGACAAGCCACUGGAUGUGAAGAAAAUAAAGGACCAGCUGACGAAAACGCCGGAAGUUCUUGCCUCCAGACUGAAACGCUCGCGUAGGCUGCGUUUCUGCCGCAGAAAUCAUUCCACUAGAGCUCUUGUCGAUGCGCUUUAGCUCUGCAUGAGUCCCUUCGUUUGGUUUGCAUAUUCAGAACAAAACCGGGCGGUGCUGACUGUGUGUGGUAUAUACAGUUUGUGAGUGCACCUUAUCCACGUCUCCGCACACCCCUUGGCACCUCCUUCAGGAUGGCGUUAACGAUCUGCACGAGAUUCACUGACGAAUAUCAGCUGUUCGAGGAGCUGGGGAAGGGCGCCUUCUCUGUGGUCAGGAGGUGCGUAAAGAUCUCAUCUGGUCAGGAGUAUGCUGCCAAAAUUAUCAACACUAAGAAGCUAUCUGCCAGAGCAUAA